AUGGCCCGCAAACUGGCCCUGCUCUUCAUAUUAAUGCACUCACUCCAAAUCCUCGCACUACCAACUCCCUACGAAAACUCAAUCGCAUUCAAAUCACUGGUGUCAACAAAUACCUACAACAACCGAUACUACUUCCCGGAAACCCUACCUGAUCAAGAUGAACUCGCAGCAAUGUUGAAAGAAACAGCCAUGCGCGAAGCAGGAUUCGUACCCUCAUCAAACGGCUCACCACCAAACCCGAAGCCGAAAUCAAGGGAUCAUAAAAUGGAGACGGAGACGGAGCUUCGCAGAUCACCGGUUACGGAUACGGAUACAGCGAUCGGCACGGAUGAAUCGGGACAACCACAGCCGGAUUGGCACACAACUCAGAACACAAAGCUGAGGCAGUCCCAGUCCCAGUCUCAGUCUCGGCCCUGUCUGAAAGAAUCUAUCGUGGCCGCGUUUGCAUCAGACAACUACCCGAUUUACUGGCCGCCGUUUGGAUUCUUCGUUGUUUCAGCUGCGAUCGUGUGUUUCUUUACCGUUUUGAGGGGGAUCCGCGCUAAGAAGUGA